AUGAGUUCUGAAUUACUUGUGAAUUGUAUUUAAGCAAAGUAGGAUGGGAAUAUUAAAAGUCACAAAGAAAAUGCAUUCCAAUUUGUGGGGAUUCUAUAAUUACUUAUUUAGAGGAAUGCGAUGAUGGAAACGCAAUUCCAUACGAUGGUUGUUAUCAAUGCAAAUUUUCUUGUUAAAAGUUCUGGGAAAAUUGCAAAUUUGGGAAAUGUUUAGAGUGUUUAUAAUCAUAUAGGUUGAUUGAACAUUAGUGUAUAUAUGUGCAUAAUUAUUACGAUGGUCCUAAAAUAAGAUAAAAAGCAGAGUUCAAUAAUUAAAUUACAAACUUAAUAGAAAAUGGGUUUUAUUAGCAUGCAUUAUUAUAUGACUAUUAAAUAGGUGUUUAGUAAGUAAAAUAAUUAUAUUGUAAUCAAUAAUCUUAUGGAUAUUUGGUUAUUAUUAUAAUUAAUGUAGCUUAGAUAGAAUAUUUAAUUGUAAAGAAUAAUUGUUUGAUGUUUAUUUGGAGUGUCAGCCAUAUUAUCAAUUAAAACUAAAGAAUAAAGAAUGUCAUUCAAUUUGUGGAGACGGGGUAGUACUGUAAAGUGAAAUUUGCGAUAAUUAAAAUAAUGUUCAGUUUGAUGAAUGCUAUAAAUGUUAAUCGAGUUGUUAAUUGGAAUGUAGAUAAUGUAAAUAAAAUUAGUGUUAUGAUUGCAUUGAUGGUUGGUCUCUAAUAAAUAACUAUUGUUAUUAGAUCUGUGGAGAUGGAAUGUAGGCAUUCAAUUCAUAAGAAUAAUGUGAUGAUGGAAAUUACGAGAAUAAUGAUGGAUGUCAUGAAUGUAAAUAUGAAUGCGAUUAAAACUGUUACUUUUGCUCUACUCCAAUAUCUGCAUGCUUUGUAAUCAGUACUUCUAAUUGAUUGACAAUACCUAUUGUACUCCUAUUUGUGGAGAUGGCAUAAUUGUGUAAGGUCUUGAAGAAUGUGAAGAUUUAAAUGAUAUUGAAUAUGAUGGUUGCUAUUAGUGCAAUUAUUAAUGUGAAAUCAAUUGUUCAAAGUGUAUUGAAAGAAUAUGUUAAGAAUGCAUAUAUGGUUUUGAAUUAACAUUAUAAGGUUGCCAAAGAAUCAUCAAUUAUGAAGAUGAAUCUGAUAUGGAAGUUGAAAUUGUUAAAAUUUAAUUGCAAUGCGGUGAUGGAUUGAUAUCUAAUGAUGAGGAAUGUGAUGAUUGGAACAUAUUAAACAACGAUGGUUGCUCGAGUAAUUGUAAUAUAGAGGCUGGUUGA